UGAGAGGGGCGUGAGCCAGUUGGUCUGGCGCCAUGGCGUCGUUCAAAUGCAGCACCGUGGUGUGCGUGAUCUGCUCCGAGAAGCCCAAGUACCGCUGCCCGGCCUGCUGCGUGCCCUACUGCUCGGUGACCUGCUUCCAGAAGCACAAAGAGCAGUGCAACCCUGAAACUCGUCCCAUUAAGAAUAAAAGAUCAGCUGCUCCUGUGAAAACUACACAGCCUGAGGAAAACAAAGAUGAUGACUCCUCUAUAGCCGAUUUUCUUGAUAGUGAUGAGGAAGAAGACAGAGUUUCUUUGCAGAAUUUGAAGAAUUUAGGGGAAUCUGCAACAUUAAAAAACUUAUUGCUCAAUCCACACCUUAGACAGUUGAUGAUCAACCUCGAUCAGGGUGACAACAAAGCAAAGCUCAUGAGAGCCUACAUGCAGGAGCCCUUGUUUGUGGAGUUUGCGGACUGCUGUUUAAGAAUCGUGGAACCACCACAGAAUGAGGAUUCUUAAAAUGCAUUAUUGUGCUCCUUGGUCAAGCACAUGCCUGACUCCCACAACUACCUAGUCUUUGCAGGGGGGUGGGUCAGGAAGCGGCUAACGUUGUUGGCCUUCGAACAUGGAAGGUGGCUUCCCAGAUGCAAGCUGACUGCUGAGGUUGUGCAGGUAUCUGUUUCUUGACAGGUGUGUAUGUUUCAGGCCAUGGGGAGUACUCAAUGUAGCAAAUCCUUUAUGAAGAGAGCUUGACAUUCAUAGGGUUGUUUUCAAAUGUUUUAUUUUUGGUACAUAACUUAUUUGUCAUGUUUCAUACUUAUUUCAGUUGAAAACUGAUCAGCGUUACUAAGUAAAAUCAAGAUAUGGUGGUUCUCUUGUA